UAUAUUUUUUUCAACUACUUAAUAAUUCGAAAAUUUUUAAGUUUGUCUUAUAUAUUUUAUUUUUGUAUAUCCAUAUAAAUCUAUAGAAAUUCCAGUAAAAAUGAAAUUUUGUCAAAUUUUUGUGCUGACUUCUGUUUGCUGCUUGACAAUUGGUUUUGCAGCUGUUGCACUUAAACCAAAGAUAAAAUCAAUUGUUGAUGAAAUGAUCUAUGGAAAAAUUCAUCUCAUAGUCAAAAGUCAACAUGCGAAAAAUCCAAAAUUAAUCAAAUGCAUAAUGGAUGUAUUAAUGGAAAACGAGACAGCUAACAAAUGCUAUGCAUUCGAUGUAAUGUUUAAUCAAGACACAUUCAAAAGUUGUGUUCAACCUUUUAUCGAUGGUGCUAAAUCACAAUGUGGAAUAUCUCGAUUUAGUCAGCAGCUAAUUUUUAGUAUUUCUAUUGUGUUUUUGCUCAUUUUCCCAGUGAUUAUUUAUGGUUUUAUACACUUAAUUUUCUAUUUAAUAAAUCUGUUUAGAAGCGAUGCUUAA